GGACGCGCAGGUCCAGGAGUUAAACUUUUAGCCAAUGGAAAAGGGCAUGGGGCGUGACGUACAGAAACGUCACGGGAAUUCCCCCCUCCGGGGGGCGGAAAAGGGGUUUUCCCGGCCGGAGCCCUGGUGGCUGGAGUGGUGUCGCGACCCGUCCGCGGCGGGUCGGGCCAAGAGAGGACCAGGAACCGGAGCCGCCGCCGCGGCGAGCACCUGAAACUCUAGGAAGCAGAACCCGGCUGAAGCUAUAGACAGAGCCGAGCCCAGCCCAAAGAUAUGGACCAUUGUUACGACCCAGCUCUGGAUGGCAUCAUGGAAUAUGAUUUCAAAUUCAACCCUUCCAUUGUGGAGCCCAAGGAGCCGGCCCCAGAGACAGCUGAUGGCCCCUACCUGGUGAUUGUGGAGCAACCUAAGCAGCGAGGCUUCCGAUUUCGCUAUGGCUGCGAAGGACCCUCCCAUGGAGGACUGCCAGGUGCCUCCAGUGAGAAAGGUCGGAAGACCUAUCCUACUGUCAAGAUCUGUAACUACGAGGGACCAGCGAAGAUCGAGGUGGACCUGGUAACACACAGUGACCCGCCUCGCGCUCACGCCCACAGCCUAGUGGGCAAGCAAUGCUCGGAGCUGGGGGUCUGCACUGUGUCUGUGGGGCCCAAGGACAUGACUGCCCAGUUUAACAACUUGGGAGUAUUGCAUGUGACCAAGAAGAACAUGAUGGAGAUUAUGACACAGAAACUUCAGAGGCAGCGACUCCGCUCCAGGCCCCAGGGCCUUACUGAUGCUGAGCGGCGGGAGCUGGAGCAGGAGGCCAAGGAGCUGAAGAAGGUGAUGGAUCUGAGUAUCGUGCGGCUGCGCUUCUCUGCCUUCCUUCGAGCCAGCGACGGCUCCUUCUCCUUGCCCCUGAAGCCAGUUAUCUCCCACCCCAUCCACGACAGCAAGUCUCCUGGGGCCUCGAAUCUGAAGAUUUCGAGAAUGGACAAGACAGCUGGCUCUGUGCGGGGUGGUGAUGAAGUUUAUCUGCUUUGUGAUAAGGUGCAGAAAGAUGACAUUGAGGUCCGUUUCUACGAGGAUGAUGAAAAUGGAUGGCAGGCCUUCGGGGACUUCUCUCCCACAGAUGUUCAUAAACAGUAUGCCAUUGUGUUCCGGACACCCCCCUAUCACAAGAUGAAGAUUGAGCGUCCUGUCACCGUAUUCCUGCAACUGAAACGCAAGCGUGGGGGGGAUGUCUCUGACUCCAAACAGUUCACCUAUUACCCACUGGUAGAAGACAAGGAGGAGGUGCAGCGGAAGCGGAGGAAGGCCUUGCCCACCUUCUCCCAGCCCUUCGGGGGUGGCUCCCACAUGGGUGGAGGCUCUGGAGGCUCUGCUGGGGGUUAUGGAGGAGCUGGAGGAGGAGGUGGCAGCCUCGGCUUUUUCCCCUCCUCCUUGGCCUACAGCCCCUACCAGUCUGGAGCUGCCCCAAUGGGCUGCUACCCGGGAGGCGGGGGCGGGGCGCAGAUGGCCGCCUCGGCGCCUGUCGCAGAUGCUGGGGAGGAAGCCGCAGAGCCGAGCGCGCCCCGGCGCGAGCCGUCGGCUCCGGAGAUGCUGGCGCAAGCCCGGGAGUACAACGCGCGCCUGUUCGGCCUGGCGCAGCGUAGCGCCCGUGCCUUGCUCGACUACGGCGUCACGGCGGACGCGCGCUCGCUGCUGGCGGGACAGCGCCACCUGCUGACGGCGCAGGACGAGAACGGAGACACGCCGCUGCACCUGGCCAUCAUCCACGGGCAGAUGAAUGUCAUUGAGCAGAUAGCCCAUGUGAUCUACCAUGCCCCAUACCUCGGCGUCGUCAACCUCACCAACCACCUGCACCAGACUCCCUUGCACCUGGCGGUGAUCACCGGGCAGACGAGCGUGGUGAGCUUCCUGCUGCAGGUGGGCGCAGACCCUGCACUGCUGGAUCGGCAUGGAGACUCAGCCGUGCAUCUAGCGCUGCGGGCUGGUGCCCCGGACCUGCUGCGCGCACUGCUGCAGAGUGGAGGUCCUGCCGUGCCCCAGCUGCUGCACACAACAGACUUUGAGGGGCUGUACCCAGUACACCUGGCAGUCCGUGCCCGUAGCCCUGAGUGCCUGGAUCUGCUGGUGGGUGAUGGAGCUGAGGUGGAGGCUGCAGAGCGGCAGGGAGGCCGAACUGCCCUGCAUCUAGCCACAGAGAUGGAGGAGCUGGGGCUGGUCACCCAUCUGGUCACCAAGCUUGGUGCAAACGUGAAUGCCCGCACCUUUGCGGGAAACACGCCCCUACACCUGGCAGCUGGUCUGGGAUCCCCAACCCUCACCCGCCUCCUGCUAAAGGCUGGUGCUGACAUCCAUGCAGAAAAUGAGGAGCCCGUGUGCCCACUGCCUUCACCCCCAACUUCUGGUAGCGACUCAGAUUCUGAGGGGCCAGAGAGGGAUACCCGAAGCAGCUUCCGGGGCCACACGCCUCUUGACCUCACUCGCAGCACCAAGGUGAGGACCUUGCUGCUAAAUGCUGCUCAGGACACCAUGGAGCCUCCCCUGACCCCACCCAGCCCGGCAGGGCCAGGUCUGUCACUUGGGGAUGCAGCUCUGCAGAACCUGGAGCAGCUGCUAGAUGGGCCAGGAGCCCAGGGAAGCUGGGCAGAGCUGGCAGAGCGGCUGGGGCUGCGCAGCCUGGUAGACACGUACCGAAAGACGGCCUCGCCCAGCGGCAGCCUCCUGCGCAGUUAUGAGCUGGCUGGUGGUGACUUGGCGGGUCUGCUAGAUGCCCUGUCUGACAUGGGCCUAGAGGAGGGAGUGAGGCUGCUGAGGGGUCCCGAGCCCCAGGACAAGCUGCCCAGCACAGCAGAGGUGAAGGAGGACAGUGCUUACGGGAGCCAGUCAGUGGAACAGGAGGCAGAGAAGCUGGGCCCACCCCCUGAGCCACCAGGAGGGCUUUGCCAUGGGCACCCCCAGCCUCAGGUGCACUGACCUACUGCCCACCCAGCAGCCCCCUCCCUGGGUACCCUCUGUACAGCAUCCCCACCUGUUCCAACUCUUAUUUAACACCCCACACCCACCCCUCAGUUGGGGCAAAUAAAGGAUUCUCAUAGGAAGGGGGGCCUGGUACCCUCCCCAAUUUAAGGCAGUCCCCUAUGUGACACUUGUCCCUAGAACCAGCUGCUUACCCUAACCCCAGGUCAAGCACUAGAGCAGGAAAAGGAGGAGGCCCAGCCAGCAAGUCCAGAGCAGAUUUAAUGGGAGUGGAGGCUGUACAAAGGGCAGGGCCCACUGCAGGAGGGCAAGCAGGCCAUGCCGCUGGCCUGUGCACAGGGGCCUCACAGACCAGGGGCCUUGGCCUGGACGCCCUUUCUCCACCUCUGGGAAGAGAGAGUGAGC